ACACUCUCUGUUCUUGUUCACUGGGAUGUCAGCUAAGAACGAGGACACAGUCCCAGAGGCGUAUCCAUACUUCUGGAGCAAAGGGGCCAGUGAGGUGUCGCUGAAGGAUUUUUUGAUGAAGUAUAAGCCGUCAAUGGUUCAAGAUGACGGUGCGAAGCCUGUAAGUGAACACCUGCAUGAACUAUAUCCGCUGGCACAGCAUUGGCCAUAUAUCUGCAGUGGUUGUGGGUUAGGAAGUCCGCGCCCACGAAGGAAGACGGAGAUGCAGAGGCCGCUACGGAAGAGGCGACAGAGCUACUGAAAGAAAUGACGAAACGAGUGGAAGCCAUUCAGAACGACGACUCUAUUCCUUUGCGUGCGAACAAGAAAAAGGGUACGAAGAGCAAGAAAGAACUGCGCGAGGAGGUUCAGCAAGAAGCCGCGGAGAAGCUCAAAGAUAUAUCCGUUAAACAUGGAUUUGUGUCCGGAAAGUGGCUCAUGUUCGCGCCCGCGGACAGGGUGGAUGUCAUUUGGAAUAGCGCCGCCACUUCGCUUAUCGAGGGGCCACUGGCUGCGACGUCUGCCUACCUGACAAAAGUGGCGACAAGCCCACGCGAGCAGCAGCCGAAUUAUCAGCACGUUCUGUGCCUUUAUAUCCCAGACGUCUACGACAAGGACGAUGUAACCGACGUUAUGAAAGUGCUCCUAAGGAGGCAUGGCGUCAACCUUAGCGGCGUGAAAUCGAACCUGUACACCGCAAUUGGUCUGGACAGCAAGCAUCCGAGUGGCAUCCAAUCAACGGUAUGGAAGAACGCCGCUCUCAUGAGCGACACCGACAUGAAGGCACUAAAGGACGAAUAUUUCGCUGAGCUCAAUGCGACCAAGGCUGCGGACGCUGAGAAUGCGGCUGCCUCGCAGGGGAUGCCUGGGGACACAAAGCCUGCCAAGCUCAAGUUGAAGAAGAAGACCAGGAACGACGACCCGUUCGUCUCAGAUGACGAGGCGGAGGGUGUGAAGAGUCCCGGUCGGGCAGAGGUGUCGGCACCGGCUUCGAAGGCCAAGAAGCAACCGCUGCGAAAGAAGGCGAAGACUGAGCCUGAGUUUGAGGAUGAUGACGACGAAAUCGAGGGAGUCGGGGAACAGCAGGUGAAAAAACAGGCUCCGGCUAAGAAAUCGCCGACCGUGAAGUCUACUGCCGGUAGGAAGAGGUCCAAGUCCUCCAGCGACAAUGACGAUAGUGAAGAGGAAAGACCGAAGAAGUCGAUGAGGAAGACUGGCAAGAAAUGACCGCUGCAUUCCAAAACUUAUUGCUGCUCAUCUUUAUUCCGGACGCCUCUUCAGUGCUUUCCGUUCAUUUCGCACAUUGCCGGGUCUAUGUUCUCAUUUAUGUCCCAAUUGAUAUAUGCAGAGUGUAUGGGCUUG